GAAGAAAAAAAAAUGUCAACCAUAAUGGAUUAUGUUAAUCAACGAUCAUCAUCAACAACAAAUACUACCAAUAAUAAUAACAGUCAUAAUGAAUCAAUGGUGGUAAAUUGUCGUAAAUGUCGUCGAUAUGAUCGUGAAUUAAAUAAAGUAAAAGAUAUAGCCAUUUCAUUACAACAUUCGGUACAAAUAUUAGAAAAUAUUAAACGUAUAUCACGUGAUGAGAUAAAAUGUUUACAAAAUUUAUUAACAUUACGAUCAUCAACAGCGGAAAAAUCAUCAAAAUCAUCAUCGAAUUCAAACAAUAACCAUGAUAAUAAUGAUAACGAUAAUAAUAAUAAUAAUAAUAAUUCAACAAGAACAUCCAAACAAAUUGAACAAUUACAAAAAUUAAUUCAAUCAUAUGAUAACGAUCUGAAUGAUUGGAAUCAACGUUAUGAUUCAUUACGUUUAUAUCAAUGUACAACCGGUAAUGAUGAACAUAUAAAAUCAUUAUUACCGGAAAAAUUACAAACACUUAUACAAAGUGGUAAUUUUAUUGAUGGACCUAAUGGUAUUGGCCAUAAUCAUCAUCAUUUACAGAUUGGUGCCGAUGUUGAUGGCCAAGGAAUUAUUGUAUCAUCAGCCGAUAAUUGUAAUGAUAAUGAUGAUGAUGAUGAAGAUGAUGAUAAUAAUUUAGAUAAUGAUGAUGGUGAUAAUAUUCAACAUGAUAUUAAACCACAUUUAAUUUAUUUUCAAAAUCCAAUGUCAGGUCAAACAUCAGCAACAGCCAUACGUAUUGAUACAAAUCGUUGUUUGCCUGGUACAGGUACACCGGCAUUUUCAUUUAAUCAACCACCAUUACCUCCACCCGCAUCAUAUCAUAGUUCGAUCCACCAGCAACAACAACAACAUCAACAUCAUCAUCAACAGCAACAACAACAUCAUCAUCAACAACAACAACAACAUCACCAUCAUCAAAAUCAAAAUCAUCAUAGCAGUCAUCAUAGUAGUAGUCAUCAUUCAAAUAAUCAUCAUCAUCAACAAUCAUCAUUAUCAUCAAAACGUAUUGUUUAUUAUCAUUGCGAUCAUCCUGGUUGUUCAUAUCAAACGGAAAAACCUCGUCGUUUAAAUAUACAUAAACGUUUACAUUCAGGUGUAUUAAUUUAUCAAUGUGAUUUUACCGGUUGUGGCUAUAUAUCCGAUUUGAAAGGUAAUCUAAAAAAACAUAAAUUAACACAUACUGGUAAUACACCGCAACAACAAUCAUCUUCAUCAACAUCAUCAUCAGCAGCAUCAUCAUCAGCUGCAUCAACAGUAACAUCAGCCAUAGCAUCAUCAUCAUCAUCACAAGCAUUACGUGCAGCAUUCGAUGGUACAACAUUCGGUGGUCUAGUUGAUUGGACACAUUCUAUUAAAUAAAAAAAAAAUCAAUUCAUUCUUUUUUUUAAAAAAUUGUUCAUAUCAAAAAUUUUCUUCGUCUAAAAAUCUAAUUUAAUCUAUCUGGUGAUGAUG